GCAUCGGCAUCAGCGGCUGGUCUUGUUUUAGUUCGCAUUUGAAGUCUCGAUUUCGCAAGUGUUUCCAAAUUUAGAGGAAUUAUGAGCAUGAAAGGCGACUCUAGCGAAUGCUGAGUGAAGAUGGAUUUCGACGACGACGGCGUCAUACUGCCGAAUUCGCCGUUGUACGCUCACCUCACCGAAGCCGGUUUUGAGCUUCCCGACACGGAGGUUGCGUUUGCGCAGACUUCUGAUGGUCGGCCUCCAACCCUGAAAAAAACGUGUCACCUGCCCCGUUCCAAGAUACUCUCUUUCCUGCCAAGUGUCCUCACCCUUUCUUCAAGUGGGCUGUGCAAAGCAAAAUCUGCAGUUCUACAAUCGUUUCACUAUUUUGAUGGAGAACCUUUCUUAGAAACCAUCCUGGGAAGCCCGUGCCUCGAUGAGGAAGACCAACGCUUUCUCAGAAAUCUCCUUGAAGCCAGAUAUUUGAGUGUAAACAAAGAAAAUUUUCAAGGCAGCUUCCUUACCUACAGCAUUGUUGUUGCUGUCGUCGUGUGCCUUGUUGCCAGAUGUCUGUCUGCAGAACAACAGAGCAGCACCGAAAGCCUGCUUUUGGGGAUGGUGGCCUGCGCACUGCUGUUGGUUGCCGGAAUGAUCCUAGUGAAGUACUGCCUUUUACGUCAGUACCGAGCAAACAUUCACAGCCUGCUGUGCACGAUGCAAGAAGUGCAAGUCAUGAUCAGGAAGUGCCUGCAGAUUAUCCAGGAAGCUGAAGUAGUGGCCCGCGGCUUUACCCUGGCUUCUCACAAUGUUCCUGUUCACCGAAUCGAGAUGAAUAUGCUCAUGCCAAACUUGGAUCCUCAGAGACAGUGCCCCGAGCUACGGAAGUCUGUGUUCCUGUGGACCCGAGAGCUCUUCCUCAUCGGGAAGAGCGCCACUUUGGAAGCCAUUGAGUCUGUUCCGCUUGAAGGUGAACUCGACGUGAGCACCAUCUACCUGGCAUACACAGCACCUGAAGAUGUUAGUGCAGAGCUUUUUGCACCACUCGGCAAAGCCCUUGAAGAAGGAACUGAAAAUUUCUCUCUCUCAUCUCUCAAGGCGAUGCUGUAUCUCAUGCACAUUCAGCAUUCGGAGUUUCUUCGGAGGCUGUCGCUUUCUUUGAUGCCGGGAAUCAAGAAAAGCUGUCUCUUUGAUGCACUGUCACUGAAGACAAUCGUUACCGAUCUCAGAGCCAGCAUUCAAGCGCAGCUUAGGAACUUCUGCAAUGCCUACCAGUUCUACAAGAGCAGCCAGGUGACGGAGGAACUAGAGAGCAGGCCACUGCGGUCGCUGCGUGCGACACCCCACGAGCUCCACAUGGCCACUCAUAGCUUGGGGCUACAUUUGAUGGCAGCCUUGAAACGUACCCAGGCAGUCGAAAGCAUCACGGAAUCCAUUGCGGAGGAUUCUCAAAUUGAGCCGCUGGAAGCCAACCUCAGCUGCCUACUUGCUGAAGUCAAAGCCGAGCUUGCAUCAAGCUGCAGUUGCCUCGAAGAGGUCUCCAUGCUGUUGGACAAGAAAUCAGCCCAAAAACUUCCUGCCGAGAGUCCAGCCCUGGAGCUCCCACAACCCGUCGCAAGCACCGGCUCGGUCGUAGUCAUAAACGAAGAUGAUGUUCCUGUCAUUGAAGACGAGGUCUUUGAAGCUCUGCUGCCAGACAAGGCUGAUCCUGGUGAUUUCAAUGGAGGAGAAGACUGUGAAUUACCUUCGCAGAAGGAGCAAAGAGAGGCCUCUGCCGUUGUGUUCAAGGAGCUGAAGAGCGUGCUUGUGCUCAAGGCCAAGGAGCACCGUGAGCGAGAGAAAAAUGCUCUGGCUCGUUCUGGAGUGGAGGGAGGACACUUCGACAAGCUAGGAUUUGUCGUGCCCGAGGCCGAGGGCCCCGCCGAGAACGACGGUCACGUGGGCGACUUCUCCCCCGCAUUUGAUGGAGGCAUUGCAGCAAGGAGUACGACGCCAUUGCAUAAGACAGCCAUGGGUGACGAACGCUCCGAGACCAUGGAGUUUCGGCUCGGUAAUGCCGGGGAGUCGGCGAAGUGCGAAGCUUCGGAAGUUCCUGCCGACACUGCCGCCAGGUUCGCGCCGCCGCCUUACGAGGGGAUGUGCAUGCCCAAUCCGCGCAACAUAGCCCUCAUGGCGGCACUAAGGUCGCAGCAGGUUAUGCACAUGGAAGUCAGCACGUUUGAAGACGGCACAACUGACAGUUCUUCUUCGGACGAAGGUGAACAGGAGUGUGAAGAGUGAAUGCCGAUGGUGACAUUAUUUUAUAUUAAAUUUGCCUCUGCUGUGCAUAUUUUGAACCCUGCUUGUAUGUUCCUAAAUUAUUCAUGAUGUUAUGUUUGUCACUGACUUCUUGAGUUUGUAGAAUUGCCGUAUUUUCUCGUGUAUUCGUGUAUAAGCUGCCCCUGCAUAUAACUUGCACACCCAGCUACAAACUGCGCAAAAUUUUUUUUCACACGUAACUGCCUUUCUUGUAUUACUGUGAAGUGGUGCCGUGAAGCCAACUUGCACACCGAAAUUCGUGUAUAAACCACACAUCAACUUUAGUGCCAAAUGUCCUGCAUACUUCGUGCCGGCUAUGCGUGAGAAAAUACGGUAUUUUAUGGGCACUGUGUAUAGAAUAGUGUUUGGCUUCAGAAUUCACAUCAUUGACGUAAUGUUGCUUGCAGAUGGCAUUCUUCUCGUCUCAGCUAUGCUGCUCAAAAUGCAAAUAUAUAUGUGCAGAUGUUGUAUGUGCAUGUGUGUGUGUUAAAAAUUGCUAGUGUGAUCUUGAGCUUUAAGACUCUGACACGCACAGCAUGCGACUGCUUGAAAACCAUGACAUUGUACUCGUGCUCAUCUCCACCCUCAUGUUUCAUAGUGCCUUCAUAUAGCUAAAUAGGCACUGUUAAUUUAAGCAUCUUGAAUGUUGGCAUCAUCCUUAUGUAGCACUUGCUGCGCAUGCUCUCACUUAGAGCAUUGUACUUAAAACACGUGUCAGCACGCUUUGCCCAGUUGUGCCUUGGAAGUUUGAAAAAAAAUCUCUGUGCUAAAAUAAAAAUUUUACUUGUGCAGUUCUUUCAAAUGAUUACAACAUGGCUGUCU